AUGGGCGUGGACGUGAGCAAGUUCGGGAGAGGGCAGUCGAAGCAGCUGGAGUCCUUGUUUCAGGACUUGGAUGUCUCCAGGAGCAAGUGCUACCUGCGGCUGAACGGCCACAGGCUCGAGAGGCGGGUAGAACUUGUCCGCAUCAACCUCAACACGACGGGGUCUGAUGGCAUCGACCGCACCCUCAAGGUCGGCAUGGAGGUCAUGGACGACGGCCGCACAAGAAUGCGCAACCAGAUACCUACUCGCGGUCACGGUGGUGCAGGGACAGACGGCGAGGGAGGCCGUGGUGGGGAUGUUCGCCACCAAGUUCGGCGUGCCGAGACUUCGACAAGCACUUCGUCAUCGAAGACAGCUCGGACAACGAGGAGUCGCUCUUUUCCCCCUCUGUCCCGGGUAUGA